AUGAAGCAAGUGAAUACGCGGAGAGACUGCAGCUCGCGGGUCGGCGGCGAGGUCCUUGCCGGCCGGCCGCGGCCACUUCCCCGUUGGCCGGCGGCUAGCCCAGCUGGCCAGGUGCGCGGCCAUCCAUCAGGGCCUGUGACGUGCGCGGCCCGGCCGGCCGGCUCUGCGAGGCGUGCCCGCAGCCCGCACCUCCGCCUUGUUAUAGGUCGGUCCGCGCCGCCGCCACUCGCCAAGGACGACUCGCGCGCCGGCCACGUCCAGGUGCACCGCCCUCGCUCUGUCACCGCCGCCAUGGCCGACCCGGACCACUUGCCGGUGCUUCUCAGCAGCAGCAGCAUAGGCAGCGCUCGCGUGCUGUACCGCGCGGCUCUGCGCGGCCACGGAGCCGCCGCCCCCGCCCCCGCCGCCGCCCCCGCCGCCGCCCCCGCCUGCGCUGCGGGGCACGCUUUCUCCGGCCGCCUAAGCGCCCUUCUUUCUCCAGGUGUCGCCGCUCAGCGGCAGUGGUGCCCGGCUGCGACCUCCAUUACGGGGCUGAUGUACUCUCGCGUCCUCAAGCCCAGGGCCGCGGCGCGCCGUAAAGCUGCGCGAGUUACGACCGCCGCCGCCGCUGUCCCCGCAUUACUCGCGUCCUGUCCCGUCUUCGUCCUCGUCCUCUUUGCCAGCCGUGCCUUCCAGUAUGAAGCGCGCGGGCGGCGCGCCGACCCUGCACAAGUGGUCGCCAAUUGCCGGCGAUCCGUGUGA